UGAUCCACCGGGAUGCUGAAGGGGGGCCGCCGGGAACCGGAUCCUCCCAGACCAGACUAAAGGGGGGCUAAAGGGGGGCCGUCCUCUGAUCCAGCACACCUGAGACCAGUUCUGGUUCUGGUUUAGGUCUGGUUCUGGUUCUGGGGGUUUUAGACCAGAUCCUGCUCCACCUGCAGCCUGCGCAGUGCGGAGGUGGAGUCUCCUCCGCGGUGGUGAUCCCGCGCAGCCGCAGUAGCGAUGGGAGACCACGUGUCCAAGCGGCUGCGAGUGUCUGAUUCCGACAUGGAGGAGCGGAGUUUCCCGAACCCGUUCCCGGACUGGAAGCAGGACCAGGGCCCCCCGGGGGACCCGGACCAGGACCCGGACCAGGACCCGGACCAGGAACCGGACUACAGCCGGACCUUUGGCCGGGACGGGAAGAUCAGUCCCGGGUUCCAGAAAAAGGUCCAGUCCAAGAUCCAGGACCUGCUGCAGCAGAUGGAGGAGGGGCUUAAGACGGCCGACCCGCACGACAGCUCCGCCUACACGGGCUGGACAGGUAUCGCCCUGCUGUACCUGCAGCUCCACCGGGUCUCGGGAGACCCCCCUCACCUGAACCGGGCCCUGGACCACGUGAAGCGGGCCCUGCGGACCCUGAACCGGACCCCGGACCGGACCCUGAACCGGAGGAAAGUCUCCUUCCUCUGCGGGGACGCCGGGCCGCUGGCGGUGGGGGCCGUAGUCCAGCACCGGCUGGGGAACCAGGACCAGAGCCGGGACCUGCUGGACCGGCUCCUGCAGCUCCGGGUCCUGGUCCUGGACCAGGACUCUGACGUCCCUGAUGAAAUCCUCUACGGGAGAUCCGGGUACUUGUUCUCUCUGCUGUUCGUCCUGAAGGAGGUCGGACCCGGAUCCGUGGACCAGGACACGGUGGACCAGGUGGUGUCGGCCAUCGUGGCGUCGGGUCAGAACUUGUCGUUGGAGCAGAAGAAGUCGGACCGUUGUCCUCUGACCUACGAGUGGCACAACAAGCAGUACCUGGGAGUCGCUCACGGCCUGGCCGGGAUCCUGUACAUGCUGCUGCAGCCUGGGUCCCGGCUCCCCCAGGACCUCCUCACCGAGCUGGUCCGGCCCAGUCUGGACUACAUCCGUCACAAGAGGUUCCGGUCCGGGAACUUCCCGUCGUCGUUGAGCAACGAGAGCGACCGGCUGGUUCACUGGUGCCACGGAGCCGGGGGGGUUCUGCACCUGCUGGUCCUGGGGAGCCAGGUGUUCCAGGAGGACAAGUACCUGAAGGAGGCGGUGGAAAGCGCUGACGUGGUGUGGCAGCGCGGUUUGCUCCGGAAGGGCUACGGCAUCUGCCACGGCGCCGCCGGCAACGGCUACGCCUUCCUGACGCUGUACAAGCUAACGCGGGACCCCAAGCACCUGUACCGCGCCUGCAAGUUUGCUGAGUGGUGUCUGGACUACGGAACCCACGGCUGCCGGAUCCCGGACCGACCGUACUCUCUGUUUGAAGGAAUGGCCGGAACCAUCCACUACCUGUCAGAACUCACCGACCCGGAAUCCUCCAGAUUCCCAGCGUUUGAACUCUGAUGGAUCCAGAACCGGACCUAGACCUGGUUCUGGACCUGGACCUGGUUCUGGACCUGGACUGGACCGGACCGGACCCGGGUUGGGGCCGGAGGGACAGAGGGGGGGGGUUCCUGGAGCAGCCGAAAUCCCUUCUAGACCUGGAUGGACAAUCCUGGAGACCUGCUGGUUCUGGACCUGGUUCUGGGUCAGAGACCAGGACCUGGUUCUGGUCUUGUUGGACCCCCUGGACCUGGUCCUGGUUCUGGUGAACCCCCCUGGACCUGGACUCCCCAGACCAACCAGAGACUUGGGGGAGGAGCUACAGCUGAUGUUUAUGUCUCUGCAUGCUGUUACCUUUACCUGCUUUACCUGCCGCUGUUGCUCCUGUUUGAGUGUCCAGGUGCUUAAGUGUUUCCAGGUGUUUCCAGGUGUGUUAAAGUGUGUGUUUACAGAUGUGUCCACCAGGUGUUUCCAGGUGUUUCGUGUCCAGAUGUUUCCAGGUGUGUUUUAUCCAGGUGUGUUUAAAUGUGUGUCCACCAGGUGUUUCCAGGUGUGUCUGAGUGUGUGUAUCAGGUGUGUUUAAGGUUGUCCAGGUGUGUUUCCAGAUGUUUCCCGGUGUGUGUUUGAAUGUGUCCAGGUGUUUCCAGGUGUUUGUUUCCAGGUGUUUGCGUCUCCUCCCUGUCAGUGCAUGAUAAUAAUAAACCUGAUAAUAAACCUGAUCUGCC